AUGAUGGAUCCUUCUCAACAUCCCAUCAUUUCUCUGCUGAUUUUAAGCGUCAUCUUUCUUAUCGUCAAGAACGUGUAUAAUUCUUUGCGCUCACACUUGCGAGCCAGAGCUCUCGGAUGCCAACCUGGCGUGUAUGGUCCAUCAGGUCCCUUUGGGUUAGGAUUUUUCAUGAAAAUCGCCAAAGCCGCGAAAGAAGGAAACAGGAUUCACCUGCACGACGACCUAUACAAGAUCCACGGCAACACUUUCAAGCAAAGAAUCCCCGGCAAUGAGAUUCUCUUCACUAUCGAACCCGCAAAUGCCAAAGCCAUUCUAACAGCUCAGUUCGAGGACUUUGGCCUCGGCCACCGGGCAAAGACGUUUUGGCCAUUACUCGGUGACGGGAUUUUCAAUGCAGAUGGCCAUAAAUGGGCACACGCGAGAACCUUGUUGCGGCCCCAGUUUACGAAAGACCAGGUUGCCGACUUACAGCUCAUGGACGAGCAUAUUAAGACCUUUAUCGAAGCUAUUCCGAAAGACAAGUCGAUCUUUGAUAUCCAACCGUUGUUUUUCGCCUUCACAAAUAGCUCAUCCACCCAUUUCUUAUUUGGCGAAUCCCUCGCUGGGCCAAAAUCCUCGUCUGGCAGUGGCGCCGCAGAAUUCGGCCGUGCAUUUGACAAAUCCCUUGAAUGGGUUAGUCGACGCCUCAGUGCACAAAAACUAAGCUUCCUCGUCGAUGGAAAUAAGGAGUAUACAUCUGCAUGCAAAUUUGUGCACGACAUCGCCGACCACUAUGUUCGGUUAGCUUUGAAUGCACGAACGGAGUCGAGAAAGUCCAGCCGAUACAUUUUCCUGCAGGCUCUGGCCGAUGAUACACAGGACCCGAAGGUGCUGAGAGACAACAUUUUGAAUCUGCUGAUUGCCGGUCGUGACACCACGGCGAGCUUGCUCAGUUCCGUCCUCUUUUACCUAUCCCACUCUCCGAGCGUAUGGAAGCGACUGCGCCAGGAAUUAAUUGACGAAUUCGGCGAUCUCACACAUCCAACUGGUGAAAUUACACACGCAAAGAUCAAAAACUUGCGAUAUCUGCGAUAUGUCUUGAAUGAGACACUUCGGUUGCUUCCACCUGUCCCUAUUAAUAGUCGCAUGGCGCUCAAAGACACGUCACUACCAUUGGGUGGCGGGCCUGACGGGAAGUCUCCGGUCUUUGUCAAGAAAGGCACUAUCAUCCCAUUCAGUCUCUAUACGAUGCACCGCCGGAAAGAUAUAUGGGGCCCAGACGCCGAGCAUUUCCAGCCUGAGCGAUGGGAAAAGGACGGUUUAGUGCGCACAUGGGAGUAUAUCCCGUUCAAUGGCGGGCCGCGCAUUUGUCUUGGUCAACAAUACGCUCUUAUUGAAGCCAGUUAUAUGCUUAUACGCCUGGUACAGAAUUUCGACCAGCUUGAGAACGAUGGUGGCAGUCCAAUGCCUAAUGCUAAGGUCGACUUGACAUUGACGCAUCGCAACGGUGUGAAUGUGCGGCUGUAUAAAAGCAGCUCGUGA